AUGUACGCCCCGCACUCCAUCCGCCUGGAGGGCGACAUCACCCUGGGCGGCCUCUUCCCCGUCCACGCCAAGGGCCCCACCGGCGUGCCGUGCGGGGACAUCAAGAAGGAGAACGGCAUCCACCGCCUGGAGGCCAUGCUCUACGCCCUGGACCAGAUCAACAGCGACCCCGAGCUCUUGCCCAACGUCACCCUGGGCGCCAGGAUCUUGGACACCUGCUCCAGGGAUACGUACGCGCUGGAGCAGUCGCUCACCUUCGUGCAGGCGCUGAUCCAGAAGGACACCUCCGACGUGAGGUGCACCAACGGGGAGCCGCCGGUCUUCGUCAAGCCGGAGAAAGUGGUGGGCGUCAUCGGGGCGUCGGGCAGCUCCGUCUCCAUCAUGGUGGCCAACAUCUUGAGGCUCUUCCAGGUAGGGCGCUCCGCGGAGGCUCCAGCAUCAGGUUGUUGGCGCCAGAAAUGGCCAGAGAGCCCUGGCACGCGGGCUGGCAGGGAGUGGUGCUGAAGGAGAGCGCCAGCCGCGGGCAUGGCAGAGAGCAGCCCCAGCAAUGGAAACCAACCAACUUGGCAUUGGGCUGUAGGAUCACUAGACUCGAGGGCUUCCUUAGGACCAGGAUGCCCAGCGUUAGAUAAUCCACCCCAUCCCACUUCCCUCCUGCAGGCAGUUCACACGCUCCCAUCCCCCGGGGAGUUUGCUGCUCUGCUCUUUGCCUUCCCCAGCGCUCCCAUCUCUCUUUUCCCAGCCGCCUCUUCCCUCCUUGGAAAUCAGAGGCGCCCUCCCUUCCAGCACGUAUCCUCGGGAUUUUUCUCCUGA